UGCCAGCGACGAGUUUGAGCAAGAAAUCAGUCGUCAGCUAGUAGCCCAGGUGUGAGUUACACACAUCGUGAGUACAGAGCGCGUUGCGUGUAAGCCGAAGCAAGCAAAAACAGUUACAGUUCAGCGAGUGUCAGCCACCAAUCAAAUACAAAAACCACAAACAGACAGAGACUGAUCCACAAAGAUCAAACAGUGCUAAACGAAAAAGCAGAAAGUGUUGUGAAUAGUUUAACUUAAGCCUAACAAACUGCCGCGUGCAAUUAAAAAGUCAUCAGCUAUAAAAAACACAAACACACACAAAGUUCUAUACGCAAAAACCCAACGGAACCCAAGAUGAAUCAGACGUGCAAAGUGUGCGGUGAGCCCGCGGCGGGUUUUCAUUUUGGCGCCUUUACCUGCGAGGGCUGCAAGUCCUUCUUCGGCCGCUCGUACAACAACAUCAGCACCAUCAGCGAGUGCAAGAACGAUGGCAAGUGCAUCAUUGACAAGAAGAACCGCACCACAUGCAAGGCCUGCCGCUUGCGCAAGUGCUACAACGUGGGCAUGUCCAAGGGCGGCUCGCGCUACGGACGCCGCUCCAAUUGGUUCAAGAUCCACUGCCUGCUGCAGGAGCACGAGCAGGCAGCAGCCGCGGCUGCCGGCAAAGCGCCUGGCCAUGCCACUGGCUCGCCCAUGAGCUCACCCGGAUUCGGUGAUCUGGCCGCACAUCUGCAGCAGCAGCAACAGCAGCACCAGCAGCAUCAGCAGCAACAGCACCAGCAGCAACAGCACCAACAGCGUCAUCCCCACUUGCCACCGCUGCUCGGCUAUCCCGGCUACCAUCUGCCCGAGCACUUUGGAGCACGCCAUCCCGCAGAUGCGGCCGCUGCCGCCGCCGCGCUGCCCUUCUUCAGCAUGAUGGCCACGCCACAGUCAGCGUUCCAGCUGCCGCCGCAUCUGCUCUUCCCGGGCUAUCAUGCCAGCGCCGCGGCGGCGGCUGCUGCGGAUGCUGCCUACCGGCAGGAGAUGUACAAGCAUCGCCAGAGCGUCGACUCUGCCGCCUCGGCCGAAUCACAGAGCCGUUAUACGCCGCCCACUGCUGUCCGCCAGCACCAGCAGCAGCAUCCCCAGCCAGCGGCGUCGCCCAUUGACGUCUGCCUGGGCGCCGACGAUGAUGUGCAGUCGCAGCACAGCCUCACGCUCAGCCACAGCCACAGCCACAGUCACAGCGCCAGCCUCAGCCACAGUCACAGCCAGAGUCCACACACCAUACACACGCCAGUUGCCAUACGUGCCACGCCGCCCGAGCAGCUGCUGCCAGUCGCUGCUGCGUCCAUUUCCAUCUCCGCCUCCAACUGCAGCACCCACUCGAACAGCGCCUCGCCCACACCGAGCAGCAAAUCGCAGAGCAGCAGCCCGCUGAGCUUCACAGCCAAGAUGCAAUCACUUUCACCUGUCUCGGUGUGUUCCAUUGGCGGCGAGACAGUCGCAGCGGCCGCAGCAGCAGCAGCAGCCGCGGCCGCCGCUGCCGCCCAAGACGGACCCAUGGAUCUGAGCAUGAAAACGUCGCGCAGCUCGGUGCACAGCUUCAAUGACAGCGACGUGUGCAGUCUGCAGGAUGAGCAUGAGACGGCGCCGCGUCGCAAGUUUUGCCAGCUGGAGGCCGAGUGCAGCACAGCGCACACCAGCAACAGUUGCAGCAGCCACAGCAGCAGCCACAGCAACAGCUCCACAUCCUCCACUGAGGCAGCGGUGGCCGUCAAGCGGCAGAAGCUCAACGCCAUUGGCGGUGACUCGCCGCCGUUUGGUGGUUUCGCUAUGACCCACAAUGCGGCCAGCGCCAUGCGCUUUGUCUGUGUCUAGUGUGGUUUGCUUGGUGGGUGGAGCCAAAAAGGCAAUCAACUCAUUUGCCUCGUCGUCGCUGCCGCUGUUGUUGUCGUUGUU